UUCAUGGCGGCGCCCUUUCAUUAAGCGUAAUAGCGCUGAGAGAAAAGAAAACAAAUACUGGGCUAAGUAAAUAGUGUAGAGUUAUUUCUAUUUCUAUCUUUUUACAAACUCGUUUGACCACCUCCAUUAUAUAGAAAUUCUCAGAGAAGGACGCUUGUUUUCACAAGUACGACUGUGGUUUCGGUGAUACCGUGACUUCAGCAGAGUCCUAAAUAACAACAGCAUACAACAAAGACAUCAACACAGGUGAUAAAGACAUCCAUUGGUUGGUUUUAACUAAAAAAUAAGGCCUUGAUGAAAGAAGAUCUGUUAUGGACCAUCGAGACCCAGAACUUACCAUGAAGAACGAGGAGGAAGAGGAAUUGCAGAGCAGUUCACUCGCCACUGAUAUCGACCAGCUGUUUGUAGUUAAAACAGAAGACCCAGACGAGUGGUCCUGUGGUCUGAACUAUCACAGUCUAGAGGAUGACACAAAGGGGGAGCUCUUGAGCAGUCCACUGCCCACUGAUGACCUGCAAGUAAUCAAAGAAGAAGCGUCUAAUGAGUCGGACUACAGAAUAAAUCAGGGUCCAGAACUUUACCUAAAGGAGGAGAAGGAGGAAGUUUCAGCCAGUCCUUUGACAGCUGAUGUCCAGAAGGUGCUAGUGGUUAAAGAAGAAGUCCCUGAUGAAUGGAGCUUCUCUACAACCCAUAGGAACCCAGAACCUCUCAACGACGUAAAUGAGGAAGAGCAUCACCCAUGUAGCGGCGGUAGUGAUUUUGAUGCCAGUUACGAUGACUGGCAGAAAGAAACUGUACGAGAAUUGGAGGAAAAUAACGAAGUAGAAUUUAGCACACCCCGAAAAUUUUUUAGCUGUUCUAUCUGUCGUAAACAGUUCCUCUAUCAGGAGUCUUUUCAGAAACACAUGAAAGGCCAUUUAGAAAAAAGUGAUUUCAGCUUCAAUGUUGCUGAGAAAGGUUUUAUUGUAAAGCCAAAUUUAGAUUUGGAGACGAUUGAUUCGGAGAAAGCGUUUUGUUGCGAUGUUUGUGGCAAAACGUUCCACCAAAGGUCAUAUCUCUAUAGACACAAGCGAACCCACACAGGAGAGAAAGCUUUUAGCUGCGAUAUCUGCGGUAAAGCAUACAUUGAUAAGUCAACCCUUAACAAACAUAUGAGCAUCCAUAGUGGAGCAAAAGCGUUUGGUUGUGAUGUUUGUGGUAAAACAUUCAUCCAAAAGUCCAAUCUUUAUAAACACAAGAGAAUUCAUACAGGAGAGAAACCAUUCAUCUGUGAUGUUUGUGGUAAAGCAUUUAUAUAUAAGUCUAUCCUCAAUGGCCAUAUGUUGGUCCACACAAGAGAGAAAACAUUCAGCUGUGAUGUGUGUGGUAAAACAUUCACGGAAAAGUCCAAUCUCCAUAAACACAAGAGAAUCCACACUGUAGAGAAGUCAUUCAACUGUGAUAUUUGUGGGAAAUCGUUCAUCAGCAAGUCGACCUUGAACAGACACGUGGGGAUUCACGCUGUGGACAAACCAUUCAGCUGUUUGGUCUGUGGUAAAACAUUCCACCAAAAGGUAGUUCUCAAAAGGCACAUGGGAAUCCACACGCUGGAAAAAUCCCUCGAGUGUGACGUCUGUGGUAAAAUGUUCAAACAAAAGGCGCACCUUGCUACACAUAAACGAAUCCACACGGGGGAGAAACCAUUCAUCUGCGAAGUGUGUGGGAAAGCAUUCAACCGAAAGGAGAGGCUUUGCUCACACAACAGAAUCCACACGGGAGAAAAACCAUUUGGUUGUGAUUUUUGCGGUACCAUGUUCAAUGACAGCUCAACCCUUCGGAAACACAUGAGGAUUCACACUGGAGAGAAGCCAUUUGGCUGUGAUGUUUGUGGUAAAAGGUUUCGAUUUAGAUCUAAUGUCAAAAAGCACAUGAAGACCCACACGGGAUAGAAAAUCAAUGUUGUAGGAAAGGAUUUGCUUUGCUCAUAAGCAUCAAAACUUGUCACCAUUGUACAAUUCAACUAUUUGGGAUUAAAAAUGUGGGAUUUAAAGUGCAAACAAAAUAUUUUUCCUGUUGUAAGACUGUAUUUCCAUGAGAGCAAUGUUGAGGAAAAGUUCCAUGCUUAGACGAGACCGCAAAGAAAUCUUGAAUCAGCUGUAGUUGUCAUGCCAGGCCACAAUGUAGCGCUGUGAUUUUAGCACGUUGACAAAACACACACGCGCUUUUGACACCUCAUUACCUUCUACCUCAUUUAGAAAACAGUGACCCAUCUCCGAUAAACCGAGUGCUCAUGUAACACAUAUUUAAUUCAUAUCCAAAGUUGCCUUAAGCUGAAAAGGCUAAGUAGCACAAGUUCCCCUCUGACACCUGGUUUAAAAAACUGCUGAUGUCAGGGACUCCGAUCACUAGAGUUGUGUAAACGUGCAGCUGGAUUGCCACAAAAAUGUUACAGUUUCACUGAAAACCAGCUCGGUGUAAACAAAGCUUCUGAUAUGGAAAGACAGAUGAGCCUCUCUGUUGAGUUGUGUUCAUAGUUGUGAAUGCACCUGCAUAUACAGUUUUAUGCCAUUAGCAUAUGUAUAGUAAGAAAUGUUUAUGUACACGAUCAUUCUCAGCUAGAGUUUUAGCCUUGUGAAACCUCAAAUAUGAUGGUUCAGAUUAACCACUGCUCAAUGACAAACUUACCAUACUCGCAUUGUACAAAUGAAAUUAUUACCGUAAUAAGACUUACUGUAGGAUAACAUUAAGUAUGACAAAUUUAACGGUUAGAUUUUUCUAAAUUCUUAGUGUUAGUAGGUAGUGUAUGUCAGUAAGACAUUUAUAGUUAGGAGGACUAUAAAUUACACAUAAUAUAUUAUCAGUCCCGUUUAUGAUUUUUCAAAAUGUUGUACAGAAAUGUUUACUCUAGAAAGUGAAUGGUUUCAUUACAAAUUCACAUUUCUGUUCUGGAAGUGUUUAAUUGUAUUUAAAUAUUACCUGGAUUCUUAUUGUUUCUUUUAUUUAGGCUACAGUUUUGUAUAUAUAUUUGCCUUAUUUUUUAUUUUAAUCGAUUUGCACAAUAUUUGUCAAUGCAUUGUUUUACUUUUCUUAUUUGUUAAAAAAGAACAUAAAAUACUACAGUGAAGCUUUUUACAGUUAAUACAUGUAGAAGUACGGGAAGAUUAUAGGAAGUACAUGCCGGAGUUGUAUAGGUCUGCUGUCACAAAAAAAAAAAAAGAACAAACAUCCUUCCAUUACUGCACAGUCAGUCCUGUAUGAUUAACUGGACACCAAAACAGUUAAGUUAUUGACGUGUAUUUAUUUUCUCAUCCCACACUGGAGACUGGAAUGCUCUGGGUUUCUAACUUAGGCCUCUUCUAUAAACACUCUUCACUAAUGACUGUGCCGCCACACAUAUGAAAUGCUUAUGCAGCAUUAUUAUGAUUUUCUUGAUCACUGCUGGCGAAAAGGCAGUUUACAAGAGACAAAUAAUAAUUCUGUCUUUGUGGUGUUUGAUAUCCUUAUGCACAUGAGGAAAUGUAAGGCAGCAAAUCAUGUCAUGCUGUUCUAUUUGUUUUUUAUUUUUAUUUUUGCCUUCGUUGUUGCCUUCACACCUUAUGUGUUUCUUGUUGUUACCUCUGAUAUAAUUGUAUUUACGAUGUGAUUCUUUCUUUUUAGAAAACAAAAGAAGAAAUUCCAUGCCUUGUUUAUGAGUCUUAGCAAUAAAUAUCUUCAAAUUUUAAUUUAUGAAAUAGCUGUAUGCUUUGAUUCCAUAUUAACCUCAAUUGUACUGUUCUGUUUCACCAUCACUUACACAAUUGUAAAGGAAAACAAUAAAAUGAAUUUGGUCGCGA